AAGCUAUUCCAACAAAAAAGUGAUAAAUAAGGAGUGAAAUCAUUAUGCCCAAACUGCGAACUCUCAAACUGAUUUCCACAACUAAACUCAACACAAUCACUGAUCUCUCUCUCUCCUCUCCGCUCUCUCUCUCUCUACUCUCUGGCGGCCUCUGCGAUAAACAGAGUAAAAAAAGUUUUUGGAAUGUCCUCUCGGAAUACUUGAGUGGAAGAACUAGUGCAAGUUACAGUUGAUGCAUUAGUUGUUUUAUGUUCUGUAUUGGGUGAGUAUGGGUGCUGCUUGUUGUGUGGCUGCUAAAGACAGAACAAUAAGCAAUCGAUCCAACAGUGACGUUUUACAACGGAAUGCUAUAUGUUCACCAUCAUGGAGUGUUCGGUGGGACCACCGUGGGCGAGUCGCUGGGGAAGAGACUUCUGUGGACCGGUUGGCUGAUGGAGUUAGCCGGAAUGACAGGUUGGAGAUUAAAUCUGGAAGAAGAGUAGUAGAAACUGCACAUGGAUCUGGAGAAGAAAGUCAAUUGGAACAGACAACGAUAGGGCAAAAGUCCCCCGUUUCAGAGAGGAAUGCUGGAAUUUUUAGGCUUCCUUCAUCAGAUCUAUCAAGCUCUAGGAAUGUUCCCACAGAGGUUAAGGAGUUACCCGAAUCACCGGCAGUUCCAAAUCCAUCCCCCUUGAAAAUGUCACCGUCGUUGCUUUCAGUUUCAUCACUCUCUACAUCCCCUUUGUCAUCCCAAAGCCCUCUCCUUCACACCAGCUCAACUUCAUCACAGUGGGCCCAUCCUUCUCCAGCGCGCCCUUUGUUACGACAAGCAUCUGAUAGCCGAAUUCGUAAGCGGUCAAACAACUCAAUUUCUGACGAAACAUCUUUUCCUGCCUUCCCUGAGUUCAUGGAAGCUUCUCAUAGAGGAGAAAGGUGGUCUUUUGACAGUGAAUCUUUGGGAUUUUACCAUGAGAAGUUAACUCCUCCUAGUAGCCGUAGUUCAGCUUCUCCCUCAGAUGCGCAAACAUGUGGGGUUUGCUCAAAACUGGUGGCUGAAAGAUCUUCGUGGCAUUCGUACGAGUUAGCUGUGGUUUCUGUUCUAACUUGUGGUCACGUUUACCAUUAUGAUUGCUUGGAGAACAUUACGGCUGAAAUCAACAAGUACGACCCUGCUUGCCCGGUUUGUACCUUUGGGGAGAAGCGGACCCCCAUGAAGUUGUCAGAAAAAGCAUUAAAAGUGGUAACGGAUUUGAAGGGUAGGAAAAAGAGAUCUAGGAACCGGGUUGUGAGUAGUGAUCUUGAUGGUGAUUCCGUUGCCCUUGAUGGCCAGAAAAGCAUAAAGAGCUCCACAAAUAAGCCUUUCUUGAAGCGGCAUUUUUCAUUUGGGUCAAAGGGAACUAGAUCCUUAUCGGAGAAUCACUCUACUCGGAAGAAGGGAUUUUUCUGGUCAAAAUCCAGGAAGGAGUGACCCGAUUUCUCACUCUCAAGAGGUUCCACGGUUGCUCUUUCUGCACAAUUUUAUUGGAUAAGUUAGCUGCAAAAGAAGCAGGAUCCCAUCUGGAUUUCAUUAGUAAGCUUCUGCAUUCAUUAUCUGCAAUUCAAGCAGGAAUACCUUUGCUUCUGGAGUUACAGUGUAAAGAAAGGCGAAGAAAAGAUCGAAUCAUCAACAAAUAGAGAAGAAGAAUUGAUAGUAUAGGGGAAUGGAUGAUGUUAGUCAUCUUACUUUUGUACACUUCUAAAAUUUUGUUCUUUUGCAUCUUAGUUCAUUAGAAAAACAGUAAGAGAAAAAAAAAAGUUCAUGAAAUUUUCCUAAAGAAUGUCUCUCUAUGACUUGUAUGAACUGAGAAUACAAGAAGGUGCCCUUGCCAUUCUUUUUGAAGGGCUUUUGUUUUUUGGGUUCAUCAUAUCUACUUAGAAUGUCUCUCUA